AUCUAUCUAUCAUGUAUCUACCUAUCUCUGAGUUGCUGCAGGGUAAUGUCUUCCCAUACAUCUACCUGUACUUGGGAUCACAUUGAUUUCUUCUAUCCUUACUAUACAUUAUUAUAUAUUCCACAGUAAAUUAUAGUCACAUUUUCUAUAAGUGACCUCAGCUCUUCAGCUAUGGUGGAACUACCUACCCUGACAGGGCAUGCUGAGAGUUGUAGUUUUGCCCUAGCUGAAGUGCUGCAUAUAUGUAUAACCUGGAGCACAUUUAUUGGAGCAGUCCUCUAUAUAACCUCAUGGUCCCGGCAUGAUGUCAUUUCUGGAGGAAGAAAAGCUUAUCCAGCAAGAACUUGCCAACUUGAAAUCCACAGUUUCUUCACCCAAUACAACCCUGAGGCAGAAGAAGGAAUGCAUGGUGAGACUGAUUUACUGUGAAAUGCUGGGAUAUGAAGCCUCAUUUGGUUAUAUUCACGCCAUCAAAUUAGCUCAGCAAGGAAACCUUCUUGAAAAACGAGUCGGUUACUUGGCAGUGUCAUUAUUUCUUCAUGAAAACCAUGAGUUGCUGCUUUUGCUAGUAAAUACUGUUCUGAAGGAUCUGCAGAGCACUAACCUUGUGGAAGUAUGCAUGGCGCUGACUAUUGUGAGCCAGAUAUUCCCCCGGGAAAUGAUUCCUGCUGCUCUGCCACUUAUCGAAGACAAGCUGCAGCAUUCUAAGGAAAUCGUGAGAAGGAAAGCUGUCCUGGCAUUGUAUAAGUUCUACCUUAUUGCUCCUACACAAGUACAGCACAUACAUGAGAAGUUCAGGAAGGCGUUAUGUGACAGGGAUGUCGGUGUCAUGGCGGCUUCUCUACAUAUUUAUCUGCAGGUUAUAAAGGACAGCCCAUCUGGAUACAAGGAUUUGACGGGAUCAUUUGUGACCAUUUUGAAACAAGUGGUUAGAGGGAAACUUCCUGUAGACUUUAACUAUCACAGCGUCCCUGCCCCCUGGCUCCAGAUUCAGCUCUUGAGGAUCCUGAGACUGCUGGGAAAAGAUGACCCUGGGACGAGCCAACUUCUUUACGAUGUACUAGAUGAAUCGUUACGAAGAGCAGAAAUAAACCACAACAUCACAUACGCUAUCCUUUUUGAAUGUGUUCAAACUAUUUAUACAAUUUAUCCAAAGUCCGAUUUAUUUGAGAAAGCUGCAAAAUGUAUUGGAAAAUUUGUUAUUUCUCCAAAAAUCAACCUUAAGUAUUUAGGACUUAAGGCACUUACAUAUGUUAUCCAGCAAGACCCCAGUCUGGCCUUGCAACACCAAAUGACAAUAAUCGAAUGCUUAGACCACCCCGAUCCCAUCAUUAAAAGAGAGACAUUGGAGCUUCUGUAUCGAAUCACCAAUGAACAGAAUGUUACAGUUAUUGUACAGAAAAUGCUGGAGUAUUUAAAGCAAAGUAAGGAUGAAUAUACAGUCAUUGCACUGGUUGGAAAAAUAGCAGACUUAGCGGAAAAAUUUUCACCAAGCAAUCAGUGGUUUGUUGAGACUAUGAAUGUAGUGUUUUCCAUUGGUGGAGACCUGGUGCACCCAGAUAUUCCUAACAACUUUCUCCGGCUUCUGGCUGAAGGAUUUGGUGAUGAAAAAGAAGAUGGACAGCUGAGGCUGUAUGCAGUGCAGUCUUAUCUCUCCUUACUGGAAAUGGAGAAUGUGCAUUAUCCACAGAGCUUCCUACAGGUUAUCAGCUGGGUAUUAGGAGAAUAUUCCUAUUUGGCCAAGCAAGUUUCUACAGAAUCUGUAAUAUCUAAACUUCACAGUGUUCUGCUCCAAAGCUCUCUGACUCCUGAAUCAACGUCCUGGAUUAUGGCUGCAAUAACAAAGCUGGUUGCGAUCACUUCACAUUCUUCAUUAGUAGAUCAACUAAUCCAAGAAUUCUCAACCAGCCAGGACACGGGCAUGCGGCAGCAGACCUGCGAAUUAAAGGCACUGUGGGAGGACAGGCCGCUAAUGCAAAGACUUUUUCCACUCAAUUCCUGCUGUGAAGACUUAUUGGUUGAUGCUUCACUGUCUUUCCUGGAUGGAUAUGUGGCGGAGGCUCUUAGUAACGGUGCAGCCCCAUACAAGCCUCAUCACCAGCGCCAAGAGGAAAAGCUGUCUCGGGAAAAGGCUUUGAAUCUCGAACCCUAUGGACUGUGCUUUUCCCCAAGUCUACCUUCUAUUAGUUUGGCUGAUGGACAUUCCCCUUCUGCAGCCUCCGUUUUAUCUGAAAUGUCUGGAAACAGUGGGGAGACUGGACAAAAAGAGGAAAAUCGUCUGAAGAUGGAAGGCAUUAGAAAAGUUUGGGGAAAAGAAGGCUACUUAUUGAAAAAGGAAAGUAAAACGAGCAAACCAGAGUGUGUUUCACCUCCAUUGGAGAGUGGUAUCUCGAUGGGUGAGGAUGAAGAACCUGCGGUGACUCCUGCAGAACCAGCAGUGGAGCUUAUUUCAGAAGAAGAGCGAGAAAAGAAACAGUUAGCUUCCACCUUAUUUGUGGGCCUGGGUGCUAAUGCCGUCUCCUUGUGGAGUACCCCUUUAACUACUAGACCACUAGGAAUAGUACAGAGCACACUGCAGGAUCUUUGCUCUGCUGAUAAGUGGGGCCAUAAAAAAAUGGGUAAACCAGACCAGACCCCGCACAAGUUUAAAAGAAAAUCUAAAUUAGUGAAGAAAGAGAAUACCCAGCCCUUGUAUUCCCCCGGGGUGCAGAAUCACAUAGCACUGCCAUUACCAAAUGACGUCUCCUCAGUCUCUUCUAGGUUGUUGCCUUCUCAGACACUUGAAGAGAAGUCAGUAGAUGGGAAAGUUUCUUCUUUGUUUGCAAACACUAACUUGGAAACGUUUGCACCCACCCAAGGUGCCAACCCAAUUCUCUCUGUGCCAUCCUUACUUCCUGAGCUUGCCCAGCAUCCACACGCUGCAGUUGCUGAGUUGGCAAGUUGUAGGACUCUGACCCUGUUCUCCAGUAAAGUAUGGAAAGAUGACUGUGUGCUACUUGUGGUGUUCAUUGUUAAUCCGACAAGCUCAACCAUUAAGAACAUUCAUCUGACUCUGGAAGGCUCCGAGAUUCUUACAGUUUCCGAGAAUUUUUGUUGCCAGCUUUCUCAUUUGGAGGCACGCGGAGUGCAUCAGUGCUGGGGAAGUGUACUCCUAGCCCAUCCGUGCAGAAAAGAGUCAAUCAGUGGCUGUGUCACUUACCUGGCAGAGCCCGAGGUGCCUUCUCUGCUUCAGUUCUCACUACAUUUUGUGCUGUCAGAUUUUAUCAGACCUCUUACAAUUUCCACUGAAGAGUUUGGUACAAUGUGGCUGACACUAGCUAAUGAUGUUAAGGAGAAAAUCCAGGUCUCCAGUCCGCAGCAAUCCCUUUCUGAAGUAUUGCAUGUCAUACAGCAAGCACUAAACCUUUAUAUUGUUGACAUUAUCGGAGAUGAAGGGAUAGCUGCAUGCCAGCUAAUGCCCUCAGUACCAUCUCUGCUGCACUGCCAACUCCAGGAGGGUGCGUUGGUGGUAUGGAUAAAAUCGUCUUCUUCUGCACUCUCAGACUGUUUACUUUAUCUCAGCCAAAACGCAUUAAAAGAACACUGAGACUAGUGGUGCCUCCUCUGCUGGAUUUUGUCAUUUACAUGACUCUGUUGUGUACCAAAGUACCAAGUUCAAAGAGGAAUGACACAACGCUAUGGACUUUGGAGAGAAACAGAUUUAUAUUGCUUUAUUUUAUUAUAAACAUUUUUUUUUUAUUGACAGGUUGUUGCUGAUACUUGAUGAUUUGUCUUGCACUUGAUGGAUAAGAACAUGUUUUAUUUUUUAUUUUUUUUUUGUUCUCCUUUUUACAAGAGAAGUCUAUUAUUUAUGUGCUGCACUGCGACAUCACUAUAGACUAUAGGAGUUCGAGGAUACCUCAAAGUAUUUAUCUCCUGCUGCUACCAGGAUCCAGGUUAGCGUGUUCUCCUCCUUGCUGACUGCAGCUGAUGCUGGUUAGAAUAUUAAUGUGGGAUGGAUCCUUUACAGCGGAAGUAUCUCUGCAGAAAUAUGUGAGGGCAUUGGGUAAUUUUUAACAGAUUUAUUGUUUUAUCCCUGGUUUGGUGAAAUGCAUUAUAUACGGUAUAUGCUCAUACACAGAAAUGAGAACUGUUUGGCUUUGUUUACAUUUACAUUUAGAGCCUCUGUAGUAUUUUGACUGAUGGACCCCACUAAAUGCAGUGGACCCAUCAAGUUUCACCAGUGCACACAAAUUCAGCAUAGCUCUAAGUCUGUUGUCAGACUGUGGACCUCCAGAUGUUGCAGAACUACAACUCCCAGCAUGCCCGGACAGCCAACGGCUGUCCGGGCAUGCUGGGAGUUGUGGUUCUGCAACAUCUGGAGGACCAUCGUUUGGAGACCACUGCUUUAAGAGCGCCAUUGUCAAACAACAUCAUGAUAAUGUGAGCGGAGCCACAUACUUGCAUCAGUGAAGCUGGUUAGAGACUGCAGGUUAACCUGUCAUGUGCCUUUUGGUUUGGGAUGUCCUGUCUAGGAUAUUGAGAGCAGGUUAUGCUUGUCUGCAUUCUGCUGUGGGAUAGGUCAUCAUACAUCUGAUAAUUCAUAAUCUGAACCCAUCAUUGAUAAAUAUUAUUACAGUAGAAUCUCCCAAUAACGGACACUCGCGGUGGAAAAAAAAAAAAGUGUCCACUAUUGACCCUUAUUGGGGAAAAAGGCUCAAAAAUCUUUCUGAAUGCUGUACUGUACUCAUUCCAGAGUGUAAUUACCUAUAAAACAUGAUAAAAAGCUAAAUUGCAGUAGAAUCUCCCAGUGAAUUUUAGUUCCCCCGCUUGAUCCCUUCACUGCCAUUUCAUUUCCCCUUUACACCCUGUGUCACUUUAUUCCCCCUGUGCCAAAUCAUUCCACCCUUUACCCCUUGUGCCACAUAAUUUCCCCUUAAUCCCCCCUGUGCCAUUUCAUUCCCCCUUUUAUUAACCUUUGUGCAAAUUCCUCACCCCCUCUUUACCACCCCCUAUGCCAUUUCAUUCUAACUUUAUCCUCCUGUGCCACUUUAUUCCUCCUUGUGCCACAUCACUUUUCCCCUUCCCUCCUCCCCCGUUGUUCUUCUUACCUGGCCAGCAGGCUCAGGUGCAGGGGCUCUUAGCAGGUUUGACGUUCUCCUGACAUGCUCUGUGCUGAGAGCAGCAGCAGCGCAGCUGCGAGCACUAACGAGUAAUGUCAGGAGCGUCACUCGUCAGUUCCUGCAGCCAUCGUUCCUUACAGCCUGAGUGCAACCUAAGUGAGUGCUGCGCAGAGGAUGUCAGGAGAACGUCAAACCUGCUGAGAGCCCCUGAGCCUGCUGGCCAGGUAA